CAAACGAGACAAUAAAUGAAAAAGAAGAAAAAACAAAAAUUAGACAAAUGUGUUUAAAAUGGUUGGUAUCAUAUAAAGAAAACUUACCUCCAAACAAGGACUCUAUUAAAGAAAUUAUUUCUAGUCAUUUGGAUUCAAAGAUUGAUUAUAAUAUCCGUGUAUAUACCACUCCUCAAAGUGCUGUUAAUUGCGCUAUAGCUUACCUGACGUGCAGCUUUUGUAAAGCCGAUAUAAAAAUUGUGAAUGCCAUAAAGGAAAAUAAGACUUACUGGACCUUGUCAAAUUUUUUCAAGCAUAUUAGGAAUCACUAUGACAGCAAAUCUAAGAAACAGCGAUUCAAUACUCUGCACCAAUAUUUCAACAAGUACAACGAAUCGGAAUCAGCUACUUCCGAGGCUACUUCUUUUAAACCUGGUACAUCCGCUGAAGUCGAGGCUGAAGCGAGGGCUGAAGUUUACAACUAUCAAAGAUCAAAGCAAAAAGAAAAUGUACAAGCAGACACUCUACCGGCAGAUGCAAAUGGCGAUGGCGAAAGCGAUGAUGUUACCAUUAUUCUACAAGAGGUGGUUGAACAAGUUGAAGGAGUGGGAGAACCUCAACAGGAUUUUCUGUAACCGGGGACACAUCCGUUGAUACGAUUUGUGUUCCCCGGUCAAAUAUUUCUACCCAGUUGCCUACAAUAAAAGAUAACGUACAAUCGAACAUUAAGCCAUCAGCGAGGCCAUCAGUUACAUUUGGGAAAUGGAAACAAUUAAAAUAUCAAAGAGUUGAACGAAAUCGGAGGAAGAGAGAGUCUUCUACCAAUAAUACCAGUAUUACAGACUUCUUUCCGUUGCUUGAUAAGAUUAGUAGCAUCCUAUCCGAAGAAAAUCCAAACAUUUUGGCAGCUUGUGAUAAUAUCUACCAGCAACUAAGUUAUAAACAACCUAGCGAAAAAAUGUCCUCAAAUAUACAAUUAAAAAAUGUUAGUAAUUUGAUGAAAAUAUUGUUAGAAAAUGCAUACAAUAAUCGGAAAAACUGCAAUGAAAAACAUCAAGGAAAAAGGUACAAUACAACUGUGAAGCUAUUUUCUACAUAUAUUUAUUUGAUUGGGGGUAAGCUAUUGUAUGAAGUGCUUUCCAAAAAUUUGGCCGGAUCGCUACCAUCUGUAACAACUGUUCAUAGAGAAUUGUACACUAACAUCAGUCACGAAGAAGGGAAGUUAUUAGUAUUCCAAUUGAAAGAAUUUUUACUGAGAAAUAAGUACCCUUGCAAGGUAUGGGUAUCGGAAGAUGGGACAGCAAUAUCAGGAAAAAUUGAAUACAAUGCACAUCAAAAUGUUUUGGUCGGGUUCACCUUGCCAUUAUGCGAAAAAUCCGGCAUUCCAAAAGGAAUCUGGAAAGCAGAUACUGCGCAAAAUAUAUUUAAUGCUUUUAAAAACGGUAGUAUAUCAAAAUAUGCAUACAUAAUUACAGUUCAACCACUUGCAUUUAAUGCUCCCCCUUUUUGCUUGUGUGCCUUUAGUACUGAUAAUAGAUUCACGAGUCAAGAAGUAGUCAAUAGAUGGAAACACAUCACUGAAGUUUGUCUUGAAAACGGGAUAGAAAUAUGCGGUUUUUCGUCGGAUGGUGACACACGGUUAUUAAAAGCAAUGAAAUUUAGAACUGAAAUACCCAAAAUUAAUCUCAACUUUCCAUGGUUCCAAACAAAAUUAAACAGUACUGACCCUUUAUAUAUUCAGGAUACUGUUCAUAUAGGAACCAAGUUAAGAAACUGUUUUUUAAAUAAAAAAAUUAACCUUACUAUUGGCAACUACAUAGCAUCAAAAGACCAUCUGGCAACUUUAAUAGAAACUGUAUCAAAAGAUCAACACCUCUUAUGUGAAACCCAUUUGUCUGGAACUGAUAACAUGAAUUUUGAGUCGGUGGAGAAAAUAUCACAUGCCAGAGUUCAAGAGUGUCUAGCAAAAUAUGUGGCAGAAAGCCAAGCAACAGUAGCCUUUUUAAAAGUUAUCAGAUACGUACUGGAUUCAUUUUUGGAAAAGUCUUUGAAGGUUUGCGAUAGAAUUUAUUAUAUGUGGUAUGCGGUUAACUUUUUGCGACUAUGGAGACAUUUUAUCAGAUCACAUUCAGCACUAAAUUUAUCUACCAAUUUCAUAACCUUAAACGCAUAUUCUUGCAUUGAACUAAAUGCUCAUGCUUUAAUUCUGGCCUGUCAAAAAUUUUACUCAGAACCACACCUUUUCCAACCAUGGUUAUGGAGUUCACAGCCGUGUGAAAAAUUGUUUCGAGCUACACGAUCUAUGACUUCAACUUUUUCAACAGUUGUAAAUUUCAGUAUGUUAGGUAUUCUUCAGCGCCUUCAUAAGUUUCAUAAGAUCAACGAAAUAAUGUCCGAAAUCGAUGAUGAAAUAAACUUUCCUAGAGAAAAUACUCGUAAAAUGGGAAGUCAAACUCCAAUGGAAGAAACUAUAUACAUUCCGUCCAUAAAUGAGAUUGCUGAUAUUGUUAGCAACGCCAAACAAGCAGCAGUGAAUGAUAUUCAAAGUCUUGGAAUAACCAUUGAAUCUAAUGAAUGGGAAACAGUGUCUAUAUUACAUGUAACAGAUUUAACUUCUUCCGAACCUGAGGAAAAUACUUCAAAAGAAGCUGAGAACGAAGCAGAUUUCAUGUAUGAUAUCCCCAACUCUUCUGGUUUAAAUAAUUGUGACGAUAUGAGUGAGAAUGAAGAUCGAGAUGAAGAUAUUCUUGAAAACUUAACCAAACUCUCCAAAGAAAUAGGGACAAGUGAACUGAACUUGAAAGAUUACAGUAAAAACGAAGCGAAAAAAGAAGCCAGAAGGAAAAACAACGAUUGCGACCCUUGUGUAAAAUAUGAAGCAAAUGGAAAAAUAUUAAACAUCCGAAAAACUACCUUAUGCUGGCUACUUAGUAAGAACAUCGAUAGGAUAAGUUCUGAUCGAUUAUUAAGAUUUGUUGGAAAUAAAAAGCGUAGGGAAAAGAACUCGGAAAAUAAUAACAGCAAACAUAAUGCUAGUUUUAAAAAUAAAAAGAGACUGAGAAAAAGACCUAGGAAAGAUUUAUCUCCACAUUCUUCGACUAACACAGAAGAUGAUAGCUGUGAAGAAAUGAGAUAUGCAGAGUCUGAAGAUUCUGAUACGUUGGUUUUUGAAGAAGAUGAAGAAAUUGUACAAAGUAAAUCCGAGGUUAAUGAUGUCAAACUUGAACAUUACUAUGCCGUUGCAUAUAAUGAUGGAUGGUACAUCGGGCGUGUAGUGGAAAAAGUUAAAGAUGAUUUAUUUCAAAUGAAAUACUUAAAAUACAGUUUAGACAAAUUUAUUUGGCCACGCACGCCUGACAUACAUGAUACUAAUAUUGAGUAUAUAUUUUAUGGGCCAGUCUGUUUAGAUGGAAAUGACCCCUUUUACUUAAAAAGAAGUGACAAAGUUGCUGUGGAAAAACUUUACAAGGACAUUAUGAAUCGGUAA